AUGGCAACCAGAUCAGAUCCCCGUUUAGUACGCGGACCAGUCUCGAGAAAGAAGGUCAACACGGAGCAAGCCGCAGCUUAUCAAAAGGCUGGUCAGGUUGCCUAUAAAAAGGGUAAUCUUCAAGGUGCCAUUGAGUCCUUCACCCAGGCAUUGGCCGAGAACUCCGAAGAUGUCGGGGUCUUGGACAACCGCGCGGCGACUUAUUGCAGCUUGAAGCAGUACGCUCAGGCUCGCACUGAUGCUCGCAACAUGAUUAAACUUGCACCAAAUGAUGACCGGGGUUAUCUACGCCUUGCUAAAGUCUUGUGCCUUGAUGGUAGUUUCGAAAAAGCUCGGGAUAUUUAUGAAUAUGCUCUUCAGAAACUCCCGGUUGAACACAAAGGUCGCGAUGUCAUCUCUAAUCUCCUCAAAAAGCUUCGUGAUAGGCUAGCCGGAGGUAAUCGUCGUGACCCAUUUACAGCUCUACCGCUGGAAAUUGCUCAUCUCAUUCUAAGACUUCUGACCUUCAAGCAACUCGCGGCGAUUUUACGUGUCUCCAAAGGAUGGAGCAAGUUUGUUGGAGGUCUCCCAAGCCUUUGGAUGUCGAUUGAUCUAUCUGGGGCCAGAUCUCGUGUCCCCUGGACGUCUGUCCGAAAUUACAUCCAUCGGUCACGGGUAGAACUUACCAAUGCAAAUAUAGAGAACCUUGUUCCGGCUUCAACGCCGAAAGUGCUAGACAUGCUGAGCAGAUGUCCCAAACUUGAACACCUGGAAUUGAUGGUCGCUCACGAGCAGCCAAAAGAAUUCUACGCCAAGAUCAAGGCGUUUCGACAACUGAAAAGCAUCACCUGUGGACCAGAAAUCAAGCUGUCUCAUGCCUCCAUCGGUAGCAUCCUUUCUAGUCUUCCUCGACUGGAGCGGGCCGCAUUUCUUAAUGUCUGGGAUGCGCCUACGAGAGCUUCACGGCCUGCAACAUGGCCACAGCGUCUGCCAAAUAUGAAGAGCCUUACAAUCGCGUCUUCCCAAGAAGAUCGGACAGGUCUCGCAUUUCCUAAUGUCGUUCCAGGUCUUGGAUCGGCAACUGAACCUGCAUUUCCAAAACUGGAGGAACUGCGAUUGAUAUGGGAGCCGGCUCGAUCAUGCUCUUACCGCUUCGACCCGGUCCAAGAAGGCGAACAUCUCCCACCACUGCGGGUAUUAGACCUACGUGGCGCCGCUAUCCAGCCUAACCUCUAUUCAAUCCUCCCAGACACCCUUCACACACUCAGAUUCUAUUCAGGCUCAAUUGAAGACAACGUGGUGGGAGGAUUCGGUGGCAAUCUCCUGAUACCUGGAGCAAAUCGUCUUCCAAAGCUCAAUACUGUCGUGUUCAACGAUACUCCCUGGGUCAACCAGGAAACGCUCUCCCUCUUCCUCAUGGAAUCCAAAGCCCCAAUCAGAAAUCUCCAAGUCAGCUUCUGCCACAACAUCAAAAGUAAAGAUUUCCUCGAACUCUUGGGGGAUCCAAACGGCGAAAAUCCAGAGCUGGCAAACAUCACCGAGCUAGGCGUUGCUUGCAUGGCUGACAUGGAUGAUAUCAACGUCGGUCAUUUGUGGACUAUAUUAACAAAGCUGAAAGCACUUGAUCUAUCUCAAACCAAGAUAACAGGAUGCACUAUUCGCAUGUUUGCAGACACGCGGAAAGAAGAUCCCACAGAGGCAAAAAUGGAAACACUCAUAAUCAAGGGAUGUGAUGAUGUCUCUCGGGACGCAAUCGAUUAUGGACGAAGCGUGGGGUUGAAAAUUAUCACCUGA